AUGGAUAUUCGGAAAUUUCUUCGUUUAGUUGAACAGCAUAAAUGUUUAUGGGAUCCAAAUGACCCUACCUAUAGUUUUCGUGACCAAACAAAACUUUCAUGGGUGAAAAUAUCUGAAGAAAUGCGUGUACCAGAAAACGAUCUACGAAAAAAAUGGAGAGGAUUGAGAGACUGUUUUGUCAAAGAAUUAAAAAAAGCUCACAAAAGAAAGGCAGAACAAGGACCUAGUUCAGAGCUUCAGUCAAAAUGGUGUUAUUUCAAAAUGCUACUAUUUCUUAAAGAUACAAUAAACCGAGGAGAAUUUAAAACAUCCUCCACACUUGAAGCUAUAGACUCUCAUGAUCCAUUCGAAGAAAGUUUUCCUCCACAAAUAGAAAGUAAAGUCGAUGAAGAAAAUACAAACUACACCAGUAGAGAUUCGUUUGAAUUUGAAGAAAAUUCAAUAAAAUUGGAGCCUUCCAUUAAUGGAGGUUCAUUGGAAAACAUUGAUGAAAUUUCAAUGAAAUUGGACCCUCCAAUUAGUGAAAAGGUACCAAAUAAUGAAGAAUUUGCGAUGUACAACAGUCAGGAUUUACUAGAAAAUUGUGGCCAAACUUUAAGAAACAAGCCUGAACCGCCUUUGAAGAGGAGAAUAUUGUGUGUUGAAGAACAUGGGAAUGAUGCUGAUGCUCAAUUUUUGAUGAGUCUUUUACCUUUCUUGAAAGAAGUUCCUCAUGAUCGUAAAUUAUUAGUACGAGCAAAAUUACAACAAGUUUUUAUUGAUGAACAGAACCAUAAGCCACCAAAUGAAUGAUAUUCCAACGGUUAAUGAGGUACAACAAACUAAUAAAGAUUGAAAACGAGGAUAAAUAGAAAUUAAACUCAUCGUUUCAGAGUCUUUAAACAUCUUACCAUGAGACCCGUUCUGCUAAAGACUUGUAUUUAAUGAGCAUUUUUACUAUCAGUAAUUUUUGUUGGGAAAAUUUAAAACCAUCCAGAGAAGAGG